AGUGGAUAAAACCCGGAGAGCACGUAGGAACUGCAGACUUGCGCGUCCGUUCCCUCUUGGGAGGAAACGCACUGCCAGUGACAGCGACCUUCAUCGUGUCAUCCGUGAACUCGAGUACAUUCCCGACGACUGCCGUGAGGCAGCUCCAUCACGUGACCCUUUCCAAGAGGUAGGCGUCCACCAGGCGGCGCCGUGGCGACUAGCGGCGGGAGACGUGUUUCCGUCGUUGCGCGUGGCGUCCGUUGCCACUGACAGCUUGCGCACAGCAAGCACAGAUACGAGCGGCAGCUGCGCAACGGUCUGCAGUCAGUCGUACGGCGGCACGGCGGUGUCCACGGGUGCCACCAGGGGGCAGCAGCAGUGGCUUCAGGUCAACGGGCGUGUUUCGCCCGAAGCGAGGCAGGCCGUUCGCGACUCGAAGUCGGUUGCUGAGCUCAGCCAGACUUUCCGUGGCCUCGGCAUCUCGUCGCAUGAGCCUGUCAAGGAGCCCACUGCGGUACCAGUAUCAUCACUGCUGUCUGUGUACAGGUACAAGGACCUGGAACUGACCAGACAGGCAUGCAAGACAGGGUUCAUAUGCAGGCGACCCACUGUUGAUUAUUCACCAGUCAAACUAUCACUUGAGCCACCAGUGUUGUCCACGGUGUGUGAUACACCUGUGCUGGUAAACAAUUCCCCUAGUAGCAGUUAUUCACCCGUGAAGGUGACCGCCGUGAGUGUAACCACGGUAACAGGGAAGACGUGCAGGAUCCACACGAAGACGAUAAUUAGUGAGACAGAAGCCAAGCAAGGAACUCCACAGUGGCUGCAGGCCUACACUAUCACAAGGAUGUCAUCCAACAUUGAGAGUGAUGUUCACGUCACACCCAUUGUCAGCAGACAGUCUGGUGUGCAGGACUCACUGACAGCAUUAACUGAAACGACAGAAGCACUUGCACUGCAGGAGUCUGUGAUAGGCGGUGCCACUGUGAAGCCAGCGCCCCCUGAUGUUGUAGCUGCAGUGAUUGCAGAAUCACAGAGAAAAUAUCGGCUUAAGAUGGCAUCUGACCAAGGUCAUGGAUCCAGGACGUUUGAAGGAGGAGAUGAUGCAAGUUUGCCUGUAGGGACAGAGCUAUUUGAACUGAUGGAGUCGGCCGAGGGGGGCAGUCCUUCAGGGGAAUCCAAGAAGAGGAAGGCCAAGAAAGGCAACAAGAAGGAUCAGAAGCGGAAGUGGCUGGAGCGAGCUAAAGAACUUGAUAAGGAGAUUGACAACACAUCAACAGUCAGUGUUUCCUCACAGGCGAUGGACACAAGUGGAGAUGCUAGUAUGUCGACCAGUCUAUUGGUGAGUCAGGUGAAGCAUGCCUCCGACGCAUGCGACAAUGACGACGACGCGACGCUAGAGGGCGCCUUGACCGAGGAGGAGCUCUCCAGCUUGCAGGACCUCACGGCGGACAUCCCGCAUGGGGGAUACGUGCCGCCGACGGAACGGCCGACACGCAGUGGCUCGCCGCCGACGGAACGGCCGACACGCAGUGGCUCGCCGCCGACUAGGGAUGACUCGUCCAGCUGCGCCGCGCCGUUCCACUUUGCGACGUCCACCCCCGCGCGUGAUUGCGACACGACCACCUCCAGCGUCUACUUCACGCCCGCGUCGGCGGGAGCAGCGACAUCUGGUGGCGGCAGCGACUACUACGAGCUGCUGCGCGAGAAAUCGCACCUCGAGGGUCGGCUCGAGGCCGUCAUGGCAGACGGGCGCGCGUCGCUGCGCGAGAAGUCUGAGCUGAAGGCGGAGCUGGCGCGUUCGCGCUCGCGACUGCGCAGCCAGGCCGACGCGUCGCAUGUCGCCGCCGGCGAGCGCGACGCAUCCGUCGCCGACCUCGCGAGCCUGCGAGGUCACCGUGAGCAGCUCGAGCGCUCGCUCGUUGCCCUGCAGGGGGCGCUGGAGGAGAAGGCCGCCGAGAUGGGACUUGCGCAGGUGGCACUGUCGGGUAUGCGCGAGACGAACGAGGGACUGCAGGCACGCAUCGACGAACUGAAGACGGAGCUACAGGCCAAAGAAGGAGUUGUGAAAGACCUGAAGGAUAAAAUAGUGGAGCUGCAUGUGGAACUGCAAACUACUGUGCAGGAGAAAAUGCAGGCGGAUAACAGCAGCCGUUCGUUGAAGAAUGAGAUGGCUGCAACGCUGAGUGCAAAGGACUGGUAUCAGGAGCAGCUGAAGUUUGCCCAGGAGGUGCGCAGCAAGAUUCAGAAGGAGCUCGCGCAGCUGCAGACCAGUGCCGUCGUUCAGGGGAGCCUGGUAGAGAAGCUGCGCUCGGAGAAUGCUCAGGUCAGACAGCAGCUGCUGGAGAGCCAGCAGCGGGCAAUGCAGGACAAGGAGUCUCUCGCACGCAACCUGGAGACAAUACAGGCUGACAUCAUGGAACGUGAGGCAGCUUUCGAGCAGGUGGAGCGCGAGAAGAACAUGACGCAGGAGAGCAUCAGGACGAAGCUGCAUGCCACCGAAGAGGAGCGGAGCAAGAUGUUCACGCUGACAAUCAAGUCCACUGAGCUUGAACAUCAGCUGGAACUCGCAACCAACGAGCUGAAGGUGCGGGAAGCCGCACUGGCCACGUUCGAGGACCAGCAGAAGGAACUGCUGUCUAGACUGGCGCUGUCACAGGAAGCGAUUGCCACCAAAGACCUGGAGCAUGACGAGGUCACGCAGCAGUACAUGGAGCUGCAGUCUAAACUGGCAGCCCUGCAGAAGGACAUGGAUGCGCGUGAUGCAGACAUACACAGGCUGAAGGAGAGCAAGGCUGCUGUCGAGGUUCAGCUGUCAUCUGCUCAAGACGAGAAGAAAGUGUUUGACCUUGCCUUGCAGAAAUUGAAGGGCGACAUGAAUAGGGUGGAACACAGCUAUAGACUAAUGAGACAGGAGCUUAAUGUGAAAAGCACACGGCUGGAGGAGGUACAGCGUGACAAAGAUAGGCUAGAGAUGGAACUUGCUGCAGCCCAGGAGCAAGUCCAGACUCGCAUGGAUGUUACUGCACACCAGGUGGCAGCAUCAGCAAUGGACGAUCUCAGAACACAGAGGUUGGGCUACGAAGAAGAGCUGAUGAAGCUAAGGCAGGCGAAGCAGUCAAUGAUGAGCACGUGCCAAGGGCUGGACAAGGAGAAAGAUGGCUUGCAGCAGGCUCUCCUGACGACGCACAAGAGGUUCAGUGAUCUCGAGAUGCAUCUACAGGAUGCGCUUGGCCAGAGGGCAGCACUAGAGCAACAGGUGAGCGAGAUGACGGCUGUGCACACACUGGGUGCAGACAAGCAGCAGAAGCAGUCUCACAAGGAGCUCUCCAAACAGAAAGCGAAGGUCGUGCGGCUGAUGAAGGAGCUGGAGGAGGUCAGAGACGAACUAGAAAGGAAGCAGGACGAGUACAACUCCAAGGUGAAUGUUCUUACACAGCAGCUACAGACUGCCAGUGCAGUGAGAAGCAAAGCCGAGGAUGAACUGAGGCACCUGAAUCAAGCAGAGACUACAGCGGUACCCCCUGACAGUGCUGCGGACCUUACAGGUCGCGACGCCGAACUCUUGGCCGUUGAAUCCGCGGAUGUUGACGACGCAGCCGCAGACGCGUGCAGAGAUGUUGUCGUGAGUGAAGGUGACGGGGUGUUGCCAGAGGCAGACCAGGGCGCCGACGAUGCCGGGAGGCGGGCGAGCGCGACAGAGCAGGCGGGCGGCGCUAGCAUGCAGCUGAUGCUCGCUCUGCAGCAACUUGAGAAUACCAGGGAAGAGAAGGAAGAUUUGGAGGAGCAGCUAGAGGAAGUCAGCAACCUGUUCAAAUCGUCGGUGGAAGAGUACCAGCAGCACAUUGCUGGCCUCCAAGUGGCGCUGGAGCAGGCGAGAGCAGACGCCAGUGAGCAUCAGACUGAGGAGCUUGCCCGGUGCCUACAGUUGGAGCUGGAGAAAGAGAAGGGCAGACUUGCUG